ACCCACAAAAUGCGAGUAUAUAUUUUUUAUAUUCUUCUUCUCGCUUUAAUUAAAAAAAUUGUUUGAAUGUGAAGCCGUGACUCGUGAACUGUUAGAAGAGAACCCAAAAUCUUUAAGCUUGUAAGGUCUCCCAACAGCCAAGAGUCUAAAAACGCAGAAUAACUUCCGAUGCCUCCUUUUCUUUGAAAACUAAAACUUCAUCAACAUUUAUAUGCUUCAUUCCCUCUCUCUUUUCUUUCUUCCAUUAAAGAGCUUGCUGAACUCAAACUUGAUUAUUUUUUCCUUCAAGUAUAAAACAAGAAUAUUUUUCUGCUUUUUGGAGUUUGCAGAGCUUCAGUGGGGGCUACUUCUUGCUAAUCUUGUUGAAGCAUAGUUCACCCAAGUACUUAAUUUUUUGUAUUUUAUUAGAAAAAGUAAGUCCUUUGAUGGGUUACUUUUGUUUUGAUGCCCUCAAAUUUUUUUUUCUAAACCGAAGAUGUACAGUUUCUUGAUCCCAUUUCAAUAGUCUCCAAGUUUUUCUAGUCCUUUUGGUACCCAAAAUAUCUCUCAUUUGGGCAUUCUAUCAAACAAUUUACGGUUCAAGGGAAUCAAAUAAUCUCAUUUGUGAAGAAAUUGGGUAAAUGGGUUGGAGAAAAUAAUUUGUUAUUUGAAAUAUCCGACCAUGAAAUUCAUGGGAAAUGGUGUUUUCGUUUCAGUUAUCAUUUUGGUUUUUUUCCAACUUAAUGGGAAUGUAAAGUGCCAAACAACCACUGCUGUGAAUGUUGGGGCACUUUUUACAUUUGAUUCAGUGAUUGGUAGAGUUGCAAAGGUAGCUAUUGAAGCUGCAGUAGCUGAUGUCAAUGCAGAUCCUAGCAUUCUGAAAAGAACCAAAUUGAAUUUCAUAAUGCAAGAUACUAAUUGCAGUGUCUUUUUGGGCUCAAUGGCAGCCUUUCAGCUACUUGAGAGAGAUGUAGUGGCUGUAAUUGGCCCACAAUCCUCUUCAGUAGCUCAUAUGAUAUCUUUCAUUGCCAAUGGACUACAAGUUCCUCUUAUCUCAUUUGCUGCAACUGAUGCAACUCUUUCUGCCCUUCAGUUCCCGUUCUUUCUUCGCACAACUUUAAGUGAUUCACACCAGAUGGCUGCAAUGGCUGAUGUGAUUGACUACUAUAAUUGGCAUGAGGUUGUUGCUGUAUUUGUUGAUGAUGAUCAUGGACGAAAUGGGAUAUCGCUCUUGGAUUCUCAACUUGCAAAAAGAACAUCAAAAUUGUCUCAUAAAUUAGCUCUCCCUCAUGGUGCAAAUGCUAGUGUUAUUUCUGAUUUGCUCGAUAAAUCUAGGGAAAUAGGGGUCCGGGUUUAUGUAGUUCAUGUUAAUCCUGAUUCAGGUCUUGAAGUAUUCUCAAUAGCAAAACAAUUACAGAUGAUGACAAGUGAUUAUGUUUGGCUUGCCACAGAUUGGUUGUCUACUAACUUAGAUUCAUCACCAACUGUGGACCCUAAUUUACUGCAAACCCUUCAAGGGGUUGUUGGGCUUCGACAGCAUACACCAGAGUCUAGCAUGAAGAAGGCAUUUUAUACACGGUGGAGAGGUUUACAGAAAAACGGACGUGUAUUUUCCAGUUUGAAUGCUUAUGGACUAUAUGCUUAUGAUACAGUAUGGACAGUUGCUCGUGGUAUUGAUGAAUUCUUGAAGGAACAUGGAAAUCUCACAUUUUCUUUUAGUAAAAGGUUACCAAAUAUGAAUGACUCAACAGUGCAGUUGGAAAAGCUCAAAAUCUUUGAUGGCGGGAGAAUUCUGGUUAACAAAUUACUAGAGACUAAUUUCACUGGUUUAACAGGUCAAGUUGGAUUUGAUUCGAACAGAAAUCUUGUCAACAGUUCUUAUGAUGUUAUUAAUAUUGAUCAGGUGUCAAUUCAUAGGAUUGGUUACUGGUCUCGUAAUUCAGGACUUUCAGUUGUACCCCCUGAAAAAUUAACCAGGGAGCAACAGAUUAAGUCACGCGUGGAUCAGAAACUUAAUAACGCUACAUGGCCUGGUGGUAAGACAGAAAAGCCACGUGGUUGGGUGAUUGCAAGUAAUGAAAAGCCACUGAGAGUUGGGGUGCCUAAUAGGGUCAGUUUCCCCGACUUUGUUACAGAAGAUCAAGACACCCAUGAAGUGAAGGGAUACUGUAUUGAUGUGUUUAAUGCAGCUCUGAAUCUAAUUGCGUACGAAGUUCCAUAUAAAUUCCAGGUUUUUGGGGAUGGGAGGUUGAAUCCUGAUUAUGACGAGCUUGUUAAAAUGGUUUCAGAUGAUGUGAUUGAUGCUGCUAUUGGAGACAUUACCAUUGUUACAAACAGGACAAGGUUUGCUGAUUUUACUCAGCCUUAUGCUGCUAAUGGACUUGUAAUAGUGGUUCCCAUUAAAAAUAUGAAAUCAAGUGCUUGGGUAUACCUUAAGCCAUUCACUGCGGAAAUGUGGUGCGUCACUGCUGGUUUUUUCCUUUUAAUCGGUGUGGUCAUUUGGAUUCUUGAGCAUCGGAUCAAUGACGAUUUCCGGGGUUCACCCAGGCGUCAGGUUAUAACCAUGCUAUUGUUUAGCUUUUCAACUUUAUUUAAGACAAACCAAGAAGAUACAGUGAGCACACUUGGACGGAUGGUAAUGAUGGUGUGGCUUUUUCUAUUGAUGGUAAUCACGUCAAGUUACACUGCAAGCUUGACUUCAAUACUUACAGUCCAGCAGUUAUCGUCACCAAUCACGGGAAUCGACAGCUUGAUCACAAGCAAUCAGCCGAUUGGGCUUCCAGGGGGUUCAUUUGUUCACAAGUAUCUGACUGACAGUCUGAAUAUAUACGAGGGAAGACUAGUUUCUCUGGAGGACACGGAUGACUAUGCAAGGGCAUUGCAGCGUGGGCCUGAUGACGGAGGUGUAGCUGCUAUCGUGGAUGAGCUUCCAUACAUAGAGGAGUUUCUGUCUCAGCAUACAGAUUUUGGUAUCGCUGGACACAUGUUUACUAAGAGUGGAUGGGGAUUUGCUUUCAAGAAAGGAUCUCCUCUCGCCGUUGACAUGUCUACAGCGAUAUUAAGGCUUUCAGAAAACGGAGAUCUCCAAAAGAUCAACGAGAAAUGGUUCUGUAGGACUGGCUGUUUAUUGCGGAAAGGACGGCGAUCCGAACCUAAUCAACUUCAUCUAGUAAGUUUCUGGGGUUUGUUUCUUCUAUGUGCCAUCUUCACCAUCACCUGCUUGUUGAUAUUUCUUUUCCGAAUGGUUCGACAAUAUGUUCAAUACAAGAGAAAGCGGAGGCAACUGUUAGCAAUUUCAUCCUCUGAUCAAACACCACAUAGUACGAGUGGCUUGUCUAGAGUUGUUUAUAACUUCUUUGAUUUCAUUGAUGAAAAGGAAGAAGCUAUCAAGAAAAUGUUUAAACCGUCUAUAAAUCCGCAUCCACCAACUAACGAUGAAAUCAGAUAAACUGCAUUAUACAAAACGAGCAAGGAGGAUAAAUUUUUUCAGUUAUGAACAAGGAAUGGAGCAUGUAAAUAUUCCUUCUGGCCAACAUUUUUAAGAGUUGUGUGUAACUCUUCUCCUAGAAAUAUUACAAAAUUAGUUGUCUAACACUCAGAAAUGUACUGCACUAAACUCUUGAGUAACGACGAUAAAGUCAAGUUACAAGUUUAAACCAUGCAACAUUCAUAUUGGUUUUGAUGAGGUAUGAUUUUAGACCCAUCAAACUAUUUCUUCAAAUAAACACUUUUCCUUUACAUUUU